AUGCAAGACUGCCAAAGAAACGCUGUGUCGCCUGAAACCAAUCCUAAUCCACCCACAUACAGAACAUCCAUAACCCGUUCGACGAGUGGUACUGACGAGAAUGACUAUCCAGAAGGUGGCCUAAGGGCAUGGCUUGUGGUCGUUGGGGGUUGGUUCGGCCUUUUCUCUACCUUUGGGCUUAUCAACAGCAUGGGUACGCUUCAAGCUUAUGUUGAAAACCAUCAGCUGAAGGAUUACAGCAUUGGAACUACUGGCUGGACUUUUGGCAUGUAUGCAUUUCUCACUUUCUUUUGUGGUGCUCAAAUCGGUCCAAUAUUCGAUACCAAAGGCCCGCGGCUUCUGGUUAUCGUAGGAUCAAUGUUAGUUAUGGUAAUGACGGUGACGCUUGGAUUCUGCCAGGAAUACUGGCAUUUUAUGCUCUCAAUUGGUGUUGCUGGAGGGUUGGCAGCUUCUCUAAUUCUUACGCCCUCGGUUUCUGCCAUUGGACAUUUCUUCAACAAAAAUCGCGGCAUUGCAACAGGUAUAGCUACAACAGGGGGCUCUGCUGGGGGGAUUGUAUUCCCACUAGUAUUGGAGAAGUUGUUUCCCAUCAUCGGCUGGGCUUGGGCCACUCGGGUGGUGGCCUUAAUCUGCUUGGUAACGAUUAUCCUCACUAAUCUCCUAAUCCGAUCACGACUACCAAAGAAGCCAGCUUCGCAUAUGUUACCUGAUCUUCGAAUAUUUCGAGACCCUAAAUUCACGAUUACAACGAUCGGCGUGUUUUUCAUUGAAUUAGGGCUUUUCAUUCCAAUGAGUUAUAUUUCAUCCUAUGGAUUAGCCCACGGGGUAUCCAGAGAACUUUCAUAUCAAUUACUUGCCAUUCUGAAUGCUGGUUCAUUCUUUGGACGAAUUAUCCCCGGCUAUUUCGCUGAUGUAUGGGGCCGAUAUAACACACUGACCUGCAUGGUUAUAUUAUGUUUCGUGUCUAAUGCUUGUCUGUGGCUUCCAGGCGGGCAUAAGACCCCUGUCUUGAUUAUCUAUUGUUUGGUCUUUGGUUUUGCAAGCGGCAGCAACAUCAGCUUGACACCGGUCUGCAUAUCUCAGUUAUGCAAGGUCGAGAAUUAUGGCAUGUAUUACGCCAGCUCGUAUACAAUUGUAAGUUUUGGAACACUUAUCGGUAUCCCAGUCGCCGGGGAGAUCCUGGCUAGAUGCAACGGAGAAUACUGGGGUCUUAUUACCUUCGUGAUCUGCUGUUACGCCGUUGGCAUUAUUUGCUGUAUUACAGUAAGGAUUAUCCAUCUAGGUUGGCGUCGCUGUUGGGCAAUGUACUGA